GGUAAACAUCAAAGACAGGGUGGUAAUUGUCAACUUUGUGAUCGACGUGUUUACGUUGAAAAUUUUUACUUUUACUAGAAAGUUUCGUGAUGCGCUAGUAUAUAAGCUACAUAAAAAUGAACAAUAAGCCUAUUCUAACAUACGCUGGUGCCGAACAGCUUUUUCGCUCUCUCGAGUCGCACAUCGUGUCUGCAAUCCCAUUAGAUACUUACGAGUGGCGACGUCCUUACGGCAGACCAAUCAAAAAUGUGCGUCUUGAUGCAAAGUUCCAACAGUUUUCUACUGAACCGCUUGAAAAGUACAGGAAAGGUGAAUGGAGCAUUCAGGAGCACCCCGUGUUACAUAUUUUCAUCACAGAAUGCAAUGACAUUGAAACCUAUAAGACUGUCAUACGUGAUGAAAUUGAUACAUGGCUGAAAACGCUUCAACUAUACAACAUCGACGAUUGGAUGAUUCUUCUUGUUGAAACGAUAGACGUUCGAAAAACGAAAAAUCUCAUUCCACGUACUACAGUUCUCGACAAGAUCCGAUUAGAUUUCGCUUCGAAAAGCGGAGAUCGAUGCAUUUCAGUUCUGAAUCCAGCGAAAUUCGAGCAACGAUCAACUGAGUCAUUCCGAUGCCUAGUGCAGCGCAUCAAACAUUUGAUGUUGGUUAGUUAUAAUAAAAACAUAAUCAAAUAUGAGGAAUUGAUACGAGCGCAACGCGAGAAACGUAACCACGAUGGCUGGAGCUUCUUAAAGUAUUUUUUACUGCAGGAAGAACUCGCUUUGAUUCUUGAGAAUUUGGGGCUUUACACAGAGGCUCUAGUUCAAUAUGAUGAGCUUGACGCGAUGUUUUCACAAUUUGUUACAAAUUCUGUGUUUGGCGAGAAACAUAAGUGGUUGGAGACGUUCCGACAACAAACAGCAUCGUUUCCGGGAAUUUCUCUGAAGAAAAAGAACAAAUUUAAGGCAAGAGACGAUAUAAUCUCAGGAACUAUUACCCUCAUAGACUUUCGCAACUACUUAUUCGAACGCCAAUGCAUUUUGCUUGAGCAAUGCGAUCGUACAGCAGAAAUAGGUGAACGAUUGCUACCAUUUUUGUUUUCUACGCUUCGAGAAUUGGAGGUAAUGAAAAUUGAGGCGCCUGUUGGAGCUUUGAGCUGUUGGGAGUUUGUGUGCGCAUUAGAAGUUCUCGAUAUUUGUGAUCGGGCAAUGGAGACUAAGGAGGUAUCUUGCUUCCAACAUUGCGCUCCCAUUUGGAACUUGGCGAAGGAUAAAUUGUAUGAAUUGGGGAAAUUGUGUGGUCUUCUGCCAGGCUUCACCCCUACAUCUGAGCAACUCCACACGGUAGUGCAACUCUCUGCAGGAAUUGGUGAUGAACCAGAAACCGAGGAGAUGUUUGUCGAAACGCAACCACAAAUUGAGAAGAAAUCACAUUCACCGAAUCGUAAACCCAAAAAGAGUUCAACACAAAAAUUAAAAGAUGCUUUAGGAGCAAACGAGGCAUUUCAGAAACUUUAUCUUGAACUAUGCGAACUGGCAAUUAGCACAUAUAAACACGUAUCCCGGCUUCGUUCGGCUCGUCUGGUUGGUCUCGAUCUGGGGAAUUUCUACUGUGCCCUGAAUGAGCCCAACAAAGCUGUAGUUUUCUUCACGGAUCUUCUCCGGGAACUGAAGUCAGAGAACUGGAAUCAUUUGGCCAGUCAAACACUUUUGGAGUUAGCAAGUUGUUACAGGAAAAUGGAUGACUUGUUGGCGUAUACAAAAACUUGUAGUACGAUUUCAUGUUGUUUGGAAAUGGAGAUUUUGGUACGAACAUUCUAUUUCGAUGAGUUUUUGAAGUCUUUGAAAGCUUUGAAGGACCAUUUGACUAUUGAUGCUGGCUCGAAUUUGAAUUUGGCGCUUCUGGAGGAUCAUUUUAAAAUACUUGGCGUGAAACUUCUGAAUGAAAAGCUGAUAAUACAAGAUGACUUUGUUGUUGUUCAACUCAAACUUGAUAGUUACUUUCCCCGAGAAGUUUAUGCUGAAAAAAUAUUACUUUCAUUCGAUAUGAAUUCGAAUGUAAACGAGUUUACAGUGAACGCGAGUCUGAAUGAAUCACCGAUCCUGCCGAUCAGUUUGCAUUUGGAUUACAAACAGGACAACACUUUGGCUUGCGCAUCGGUUGCAUGCGAAACUGUGAAAAGCAAGCAGCCUGUACGCAGAACAAGUAGCACAAGAAGGAAACUCUCACCAACAGUUCGAACUGAUUUCACGAAUAGUGUUUGCAUCGAAUGCGGGGUAGCAAUACACCCGGGAGUAAAUGUGUUUGAGUUACGUUGCAAGGCUGUUCGCGUUGGGAUUUGGAGAUUCAAACAACUCUCCAUUCACAUCGACAGGAUUGAGUUUCUUUCAGAUAGAAUUCCACUGAAGAUGGAUCCUUUUGAAAUUACUACAAAGCCAGCUUCCGCCGUGUUGAGUUUCAAGAAUCUUAUUGCUGGGAUUGAACAGCCGGUACAGCUAAUAGUUAGUGGUGGAAGCUUUAUAUUUCCUCCUGAUGCAAAAAUCGUUUUGAAAUGUUCGAAACAUCUUAAAGUUCGAUUACGUGAUGCUUCGGACGAUUCACUCGAGAGUCAAAUCAAUAUUCCUUUGGUUGCCUUCAAGUCAUUUGAGGAAAGGACGAUUGAAUUGGAUGUGCUAUCCGAAUUGCCUGGUCGAAGCGCUGAUAAGAAAAUUGAGCACAAAGUUACGUUACUUUGUCCAUGGUCAAGAAAUGAAAUUGAAAUCCCACUGCAUUUUCUCCCUGCAUUGACUACGUCUUGUCGACUUCAUACCUGCGGCACUCAGAAGUUCUUGCAUGUGUGCUUGAAAGGAUUGGAUGGACAUCUUUCUUUGAUAGAGCCAAAAAUGACUUGUGAAGCUGUGGGUGUCAGUUUAAUCGAUCUAAAUUCAAAAUCACCACAACAAAUUGAAAUCUACAAAAAUUUAACAGUCUCGUACCUGUGGGAGCUCCAAGUGGAACCCUUAAAAACGGAGACUGAGUUGCCUGUGAUCAAAGUUAAUUUUUCAGCGAAAUACACUAAUUUCGACAAGCCGGGGGUGUUUCGUAGUUUUGCAUGUUCAUUUGAUGUAACUGACUAUACGACUCUAUUCCGGAUCCAAGCCCACAUAGAACCGUCGGAGCUUUGUCGUGUUGGAUCUGUUUGCAGUUUACACUUGAAAAUCAGUAAGGUUCAUGAUAAUCCGUUCUCAGACUUGAUGUAUGAAGUAUUGGCGGAUCAGAACAUGUGGGCCGUUUGUGGAAGGUCGGCAGGUGUAAUAUCAAUGCUGGAUGUUGAAUGCCAUUCGAUAUCUUUAGAUGUUUUACCUCUAAGUGCUGGAUUUCUACCCUUGCCGAAUGUUCGAUUGUCGAAAUACAUUUCCAGCAAGAGUAAAACGGAAUCGCGACCCAAGCCAUUACCUUUUCCGCCCGGACAAAUUUAUAACUCUACAAAGAGCAUACAAAUUCACGUGUUGGCCGGCGCGAAUGCUGAACAAUAGGAAGGGAAAAAGUGGGAUUUUUUCUAUAAGUCAUACUCAUCGCUUCUUUGUAUUUACAUUUUUUGAAUGUAUCCUAUUUAAUGUUAUGGACAAAUAUAUUGGGUUCGUUGCUGAAAAACGGUACGGUAAAACGGAGGGUGUAGCAGCCUAAUAUGAUA